AAGGGUCGCCGUUCCCAAUAUUCAUUGCCCCCCCCAAAAAAAUCACCGAGGAUCGAACUUAUUGCACCAUGCAUAUUUCACGGACUUUAUUGACCGUCCUUCUCGCGGCGGGGACAACAUUUGGAGCUCCAAAUAUCCCCCUUGAAGCAAGGAAACGACAGACCACCAAUGCGCGCACCGACGCUAUCAAGGAGGCCUUCCUACACUCUUGGAAUGGGUAUACCAAGUAUGCAUUUGGGUUCGACGAGCUUUCGCCAGUUUCCAACAAGGGCACAAAUUCUCGGUACGCCGGCGCCAGCAUUUCCCAGGCGUACUUAAUAUCCGGUAGAGCUGACGGGUGAUGCAGUAAUGGAUGGGGGGCCUCUAUUGUCGAUGCGAUGAGCACAGCGAUCUUGAUGGGGCUGGACGAGGUUGUUUUGAGACAACUAGAGCACAUCAAGGCAAUAGAUUUUACCAAGACCAACACUACCGUUAGUCUUUUCGAAACCACUGUAUGCGCGCGCAAAAACCUCGAGAUCUCCUUGAGGGGCAACUACUUACCAAGACCAGAUCCGAUACCUCGGAGGUCUCCUCUCCGGCUAUGACCUUCUCACAGGCCCUCAUAAGGAUCUUUUGCCUAGUGUAAGAUUCCUCCGCACAAAACUUCAUCUCUGCCGGUUGUUAUAUUAACACAAGUAUAGAACUCGACCGGGCUGAUCAAUGCUCUCAUCGACCAGGCAGUUAUCCUGGCGGACACUCUCGCCUUUGGCUUUGAUACAGCCUCCGGCGUGCCCGGCAAUAAUCUCAAUUUCACGAGUAAGUUGUUCACCGACACCACCAACGGUAUCGCGACAACGGGUACCCUCGUUCUCGAGUGGACACGCCUGGCAGAUAUCACCGGCAAUCGAAAGUACGCCGAGCUUUCCCAGAAAGCCGAGUCCUACCUUCUGAGGCCGACCCCACCUCUAGGCGAACCAUUUCCGGGAUUGCUCGGGACGGAUGUAGAUAUUGGAACCGGGGAAUUCAUCAACUCUCGCGGGGGGUGGGGUGGCGGCACCGACUCUUUUUACGAGUACCUCCUCAAAAUGUGGGUUUACGAUAAAGGGAAAUACGAAUUGUAUAAGGAAAGGUAUGGCAGGAUUAAACCCUCCCUCCCCGCUAAACAGCCCAAUCUCCUCAAUAAUUAUACAAAUCUUUGAAACGGCCAUUCCCUGACCACCCGCCACCACAGAUGGAUCGCAGCAGCAGACUCCACAAUAAAAUAUCUAACCAGUCACCCGCAAUCCCGCCAAGACAUCACCUUCGUCGCAGAGUACGAAAACGCACAAAACCUAUCCCUAAACCAGGGCCACCUAACCUGCUUCAUCGGCGGGAACUUCAUCCUAGGCGGCCAAGUCCUCUCGAGGAAGGAGUACACGGACUACGGCCUUGCCCUAACCUCCGGCUGCCAUCACACCUACAACAGCACGCCCUCGUCCAUCGGCCCAGAGCGCUGGUCCUGGGACCCGCGAAAAGUGCCGGCCGCGCAGACCGACUUUUUCGCCCGCAACGGCUUCUACACCACCGCUGCUUACUAUGACCUCCGGCCCGAGGUCAUAGAGUCCUACUACCACGCCUUCAUCGCCACCGGUGACGAGAAGUAUAGGAAAUGGGCAUGGGAUGCCUUCCUGGCUAUCAAUGCCACGGCCAGGACGGCCUCGGGCUUCACUGCCGUGUCCGACGUCGGCCAGGGGAAUGGCGGGGCAAAGUAUGACAACCAGGAGAGCUUCUGGUUCGCAGAGGUGCUCAAGUACCUGUACCUGAUUUUCGAAGAGGGCGGAAAAGUCGGCUUUGUCAAGGGUGCGGAGCAGAAGUGGGUAUUCAACACGGAGGCGCAUCCGUUCAAGGUACGCAAUUGAGAUCGACCCCGCCGUAAAACGCCGACCGGUAGGAGGGAAUUGGAAAGGGGUCGUACUUUUUUUUGUUUUUUUUUUGUUCGUUUUUUGCCCGUUCCAUUUGAAAUUCUUGAUUCUAUCUAUCCCUUUCUAGGCAAAGAAAAUAGACUUAGAAAAGAAAGGAAAGAAAGAAAGCAACUAUGUACCAUACACCAUCAUUUCUCAUAACACGUACCGUACAUUACAUGGACUAGAACCCCUCCCUCCUAUCCUCCUCCCUCACUCUUCCUACUUCUACCCUCACCCCACCCCAUAAAUUCCAAUACCAGCACUCUAACACCCCACCCCCAGGUCCUCUCCCUUCCCACAACCUCCCCAUCACCUUCAGCCCCGAGCAUUGGAAUCACCCCCGCGCCGACAAGCCCCAGCAGCCCAAACGCUGCCCCUUCAUUCUCGUCCAGCGCACUGACCAGCCACAAGCUAGCGUUCCUUGUGGCGUUCUGGGGAUUGGCCGUGGCGUUGUACUUGUAGGAAUGUCCCGGAAUUGGGCUCUGUGGAAUUUUUGGGGUACGCUGCUGUAUCCGUCUACUUGUAUAAAGCAGGGGUUUGAAUGAUCGACCGAUCUGCGUACAAGUACAUAGGGGAUUCUAUGGUGCGGUACCGGUACUCGGUGUCUUAGGGUACUGCCCCCAUAUUUACUUGUAUUACCGGUAUGUUGCUUGUACUCGAGUACUUGUAGAGAUCAUACCCCCCCCCCCUUUCGGCGUUUUCUUUUUUGUUCGUUUUUUUGUUUGUUUUUGUUUUUGGAGGUUUAUAUUAGAAGGGGAAGGAGGGAGGUGGUGGUGGUACUCGUACUAUACAAGUAGUGGUAAUGAUGAAUGAAUGAAUACGGCACACGUGCGACAC